CAUUCAUAAUAGCAUAAUAGGAUAUGAUUGUUUAUAUUUGUUGAUUUGCUGUAUGUUAAAUAGCUCUAAAAGCACGUUAAACGUAUUGUGAAAUUAUAUUAAACAUUUAUUGUAAUUUUUUAAAACAAUUCUCGAAUCUAUCAUAUUGGUUACACUGUGCGGUGCGAUCGUAAAACUGCAAUGGCUGUCACUCAUGUUCAAGUCGGUAUGUCAGAAUGUCACUUGUUUUGUGAGUACAGCUUUUAAUCAAUUUGUUCUCAAUAUAACUCCCCGCAAUUGUUUUAUGCACAACUAUAUGCAGCAUUUGUUGAUUCUCGAAUUUAAACAUUUUCUAAACGAAAUUUUCCAAGUUCUGAUCAUAUUCUAUUUCGACCAUGGAAGAAUCAGGAUCUUCUAGAUCAGUGGAGUCAGUUAGUAAGGAAUUAAGAUCUUAUACGCCAGAUAAUGUGGACAAGAAAAAGAAGAAGAAGCAUAAAAAGCAUAAGAAGGGAACCAAGGUAGAACGUACUGAGAAACACAAGAAACAUAAAAAGCACAAAAAACACCAUAAGAAUAAUGAUGUCAAUAAGCAUUCUGAACACUCGAGAGAUUUGUUAAGAGCCCAAUCAAAGAGUCACUCCGAUUCAGAUAAAAAAAAUGAAAGUUGUCCCAUGAAAGUUACUAAUGGCAUAAAAUGUGCUUCGAGUUUGUCAAAUUCCCAUGUUAUAAGGCCAAAACCUAAACUAGUAGAUGCUCAGAAACAAAAUAUUACAUGUACUGAGCCUGCAGCUAUAGUGAAUUUAAUUAAUAAAAGUUUUGAUGGCAAACCUGAGACAUUGGAAGUUGUUUCUUCAGAAACUGAAAGUGAUGGCCUGAUCGAGGAUUGUGCAAGCCCAGAAGUUGCAGUUAUCGAAGACGAAUUAAAUUUGGAGGAACUAAUGAAGCAAAAAGAAUUAUUGCAGGCAAGAUUAGGUGCUUAUUACUCUGAAGGAUCUGAUUUGGAUGACGAAACUAAUGCUGCAAGUGUAACAGUUUCUAAGAAGCAGGAAGAAUCAGAUGUUAUACUACUUGAUGAUUCCAGUAGUGAUGACAAUUUGAAACAAAACUAUUCUCGAAAAAGGCCUCGUAGUCGAUCUCGUAGCGUUGACAGGAAAGUUGUAUAUUCUCGUACCUCUAGAAAUGAUUUGAAUAAAGGUAGAUUUGAUAAACGCGAUAUUGUUAAUCGUCAUGCACGCAGUGAGAAGCGUGUGAAAGAGGAUUUAAGAAAAGAAAUCGAUAGAGAUAUUCACAGAGAGCGGGAACGACGCUUGAAAGAACGAGAAAAAAGAGAGUUUGAUAAGGAAAGAGAUAAGAGAAAUCAUAGGCCAAGAAGUUUGAGUAGAAACGCUUCCCAUGAUAAGCAUCGCAGUAGAUCAAAAGAUAGAUACAAUCGCAAUAAUAUUAGGUCACGUAGUCGCGAUAGGCAAAUGGUAGAUCAUGACAGAAGUAGAAACAGAAUAAGGGACCGGCAUAAGGAGCGCAGCAGAGUAAUUGACAGAGAACAUUAUGACCAUCAUAGGCAUAGAUCUAGUCGUCGGGAAUAUAAGGACAAGGACAAAUUCAAAGAUUCUCUAAGUGAAGGUCUCAAACAAACAAAAGAAAGUAGUAGUGAAAAUGAAAUGAAUGAUAUAGAUAUUCAAGAUGAAGAGGACGAAGAAACUAUUAUAGAGAAACGUAGAAAGCAGAGAGAAGAAUUAUUAAAGAGGUUAGGUGCCCUGAGUGAAGAUAGCAAUACUAUGAAUUCUAAUUUAGGUGCUAUAGAAACUGAGGUAAAUACUUUGCCUGAACGAAGAAAAAGUCUACAGAAAUCAAACAGUGAUGGAACGUUAACACCUCCUAUUCCAAUUAAAGCAGAUACUAAAUAUGCUCCUAAGUUUAUAUCUAAAUCUGAACAGAAAAAGAUUGAUAAUCCUGAUAAUAUAAAUACAUCACACAACGGAAAUAAUAAUGAUAAAGUGAAGUCAAGUAAAGACAGCCGUAAGGGCGAAUGGGACAUGUUUGCUGAACAGAACGAUUUUGAUGGCAAUUAUGAUUCUCCAAGUGGUUCAAUUCAUCGGCGCGCAGCUGCCGAAAAUCCAUCACUGACUGAUAAUUGGGAUGAUGCAGAAGGUUAUUAUAGAGUUCGAAUUGGUGAAAUAUUAGAUGCUCGUUACCUUGUAUAUGGAUAUACAGGUCAAGGCGUUUUCAGUAAUGUUGUAAGAGCAAGGGAUCAAGCAAGGGGAGGACAGGAUGUUGCUGUUAAAAUCAUCCGUAAUAAUGAAAUUAUGCACAAAACGGGUUUACGAGAACUGGAAGUAUUGAAAAGAUUGAAUGAUGCAGAUCCCGAGGAUCGUUUACAUUGUAUGCGACUGUAUCGUCAUUUUUUCCAUAAACAACACUUGUGUAUGGUCUUAGAACCUUUAUCAAUGAAUUUGAGAGAAGUUUUAAAGAAAUAUGGCAAAGAUGUUGGCUUGCAUGUUAAAGCUGUACGAAGCUAUACACAACAACUGCUGUUAGCAUUAAAAUUGCUAAAGAAGACUGGAAUACUUCAUGCAGAUAUUAAACCAGACAACAUAUUAGUAAAUGAGAGUAAACUAGUUCUAAAACUUUGUGAUUUUGGAUCAGCGUCACAUAUAAAUGAUAAUGACAUUACUCCAUAUUUAGUAUCACGAUUUUAUAGAGCACCUGAAAUAAUCCUUGGCAUUUCAUAUGAUUAUGCUAUUGAUAUGUGGUCUGCGGGUUGUACAAUCUAUGAACUUUACACUGGAAAAAUAAUGUUUAGUGGUAAAUCUAAUAAUCAAAUGCUAAAAUUUUUUAUGGAUGUGAAAGGCAAAAUCCCUAAUAAAGUUAUCCGUAGAGGUCAAUUUAAAGAUCAACAUUUUGAUCAAAACUGCAAUUUUCUGUAUCACGAAGUUGACAAAGUAACAGAAAGGGAAAAAAUAGUGGUUAUGCCUAUAUUAAAACCUACAAGGGACUUGCAACAAGAGUUGAUAGGUCAACAAAAUUUGCCUGAUGAUCAAGCGAAGAAAGUGUCUCAAUUAAAAGAUCUAUUGGAUAAAACAUUAGCACUUGAUCCCGCUAAAAGAAUUUCAUUAAACCAUGCUUUAUCUCAUCCUUUUAUACAAGAUAAAAUUUGAUUAAUCAUAGAUGUCAACAAAGGUUAAGUCAGAGAGGUAAACCUCACUAGAUACACAGUUGUGUCUUUAUAUUAUAAUAAAAAUCAACUGAAACGUGAAUAUUAAUGAAUUGAAAUAUGUUGAAUGUCAGCAACCAUGUACAAAAACAGUAGGGCCACUACUAUUUAAAAUUAUCGUUGUUAUUUGAGUUUUAUUCACUAAAAAAAAAAUCAUAUUUUUCUAGCAUGUUUGAUUAGAACUUACGGGUUGUUAAAAAUUUAGUACAUUUUUAUUGUUUUAUUAAUGAUUUGAAACUGGAACAGAUUACAUAUCA